AUGACUACAAAUCCUGAUCUGAAAUCAGUAGAUGCUGCAAGAGGUGUUCUCAUCAAAUGCUUACCGUCAUCAAUGCAACUUGAAUUAGAGCAAGACUUUAAGGAUGCAGUUGUCGAGAUUUUGAAAAGCACUUUUAGUGUUGAUAAAGAAGCCGUCGAAAUGAUACUCAGAUUCCCAACGGUUGAUUCCCAAACAGAGGGGUUCGGUUGCAAAUGUUUGAUCGUGUUCCGAUCUCGUGUACUCAAACAUCUCGUAAUUGCAAAAAAGUCCCAACUCAGUGCCCCUACGAGUGUUGAAUCCAUAUCCGAGAUUCCGCAAGAGUUGUUUGACAUCGAUGCACCUUCCAACUCGACUAACCAAUCAAACAACCACGAUGGCAUUCAGUCGUGCACCGAGUUGUCGAGUUCUGCACCACUCGACGAUGCGUUACCUGAUGCAUCUAACAGUGCAAAUGUUCUAUGUCCAAGCGAUUCUAAUAACACUGGCAAUAUCGAACACUUGAUGAAGAUCUCGAACAAUGAAGAGACGGUCAGGUCAGCCUUGAGUGGAAUGGAAUUACCAGAUUGUAUUGGAUUAUCAGAAGUGAUUUAUCCAGUUCAAACUUGCAUCAAUGAUCAUAUGAUGGGUCAGGAGGAUGCAGAAGUGAAGGAGGGCGAUUUGGAAAGCGAUCCAAUGGAGAUUGCUUUAACUAACGGUGAUGAGAAGGUUCAGGCGAAAAUUUCAAUGCCAUCAUCAACUGAUUCAACCAAUAGUGACUCUGCGACAUAUUCAAACUCACAAUCAGCAACAAAAUUAACUGAAGUGAAGGCGUCUCUAAAGACAAAUGGCGGCUAUCCAGCAUUAUGCACAUUCGAUCAGCAUACCGAUCAACACUUCAUGAGUUUGCCAGUGAACUGGGAUGGUGCUCCUGAAUUUCAGUGGAGAAUACUCAAUAAAGCCGAAGAAGCAAAUACGCUCAUAGUAGAAAAUGCAAUGCCUGCUGAUAUGUGGAACGUUUGGAUGUAUCCAUUGGUUUUACGAGCCGAACAAAUCAUUACAAAUUUUCGACGAUCGCCCGGCAAUGAACUGAACAGUGAUGCGAUUGGGUUAAGCUUAGCAAUUCGUUUCUGUCAUACAGCAGAUGAUCUGAUUACAGGAGCAUUCGUCUGUUGUAUAGCAACAGUCACACCGUCCUUUCAUGUGUUAUCAGCUAUCUUGUCGUCUUCGAUGUAUGAGUACAAAGAUGAAUUACAAACUAGAUUGGGUCGUGUACGCGAACCAUCGAUUCAUAUGCGACAGCUUCUUCUCAAACCGAUCGGUGAACAAAUCACACAAGAACAAAUACUUAAUCACACACUUCUCAAAAAUUAUCCAUCAGCAACAGUUGAAUUCAAAGUGGAUGAUAGUUCAAAGGAGCGUUAUGCGAUCCUGACGUACCCUAGUGCCGAGUUGACGGUAGCGUUGCAUUCGAUGAACAAUUACAUCCAGCUGAAUGAUGAUGAGAAAUGGUUGAAAUUGAUGCAUGCAAGUGAGAUAAAACUCACGGGUGAUGAGGAACAAUCAGAAGGGAAUUCUAAAAGUGUACAACAUGAACAUCAAUUGGACAAGCCAACUGAAACCACAAAUAUAUGCAAACAAACGAUUAUCACUGAAACGAACGCAAACGACGCAUCAAUGAAGAACGUAAAUGCCGCACCCAAACGAGUGCCACCCCAACCGAAACUUCAAGCGAAAACAACUUCAAACAACACCUCCAAAAAAUCGAAACAACAAAAAAAAUCGAAGAAUCGAGGUAAAUCAUCGAAAAAAAACAGCAAUUUCUGGCGAACUCUAACCUCGCGACCUGGAUCUUCUCGACUCAACACUGGAGGCGCACAUCACCAUGUGAAGAACAUUCCGUCAUUGUUGGCACCAGGUCAGCGGAGAGGUGGCGAUUUUAUAGGCACGAUGCAACGCGACUCAACCAAUUUUUGCGAUGGUGCAGCAAAUGCUCGUCGAUACACGGACGUGUUCGCUUCAAAUGCGUUGCGUUAUGCAGAGAAGGAUUUCGGUAGAGCAUCAUUACCCACAUUUCCACGUCGUGCCCAGCAACCGUUUGCAUUCAAUACACCAAUUCAUCAACGCAUUCCACCCAUGAGCAGUGAUUUCCCGAUGCGAUUUGAUGAGACACGCGCAAAUUCAUCUUAUUUAAACACCUUUCCUUCGAACCCUACAAGCUUGUCCGACUCGUGGAUCACACCUCGUCAAAGACGCGAGAUGAGAGUUCAAGACCCAGAACGUUCGGGUUUCUUUUUCGGCUCAGCAUGGCGUUGA